UAAACUUAAAUUAUACUGUAUUAAAAUGUCGCGAAAAGCACGAACGGCCCAUUGUCAAAAUUGUCCAAACUUCGAGAUUGAGUUUUAAGAUAUGAAUAUUAACAGUAUUUUUAAUACAGGUAAAAACGUCAAAAUAUUCAACUGUGACGUAGUCAGAAUUAUGAACGUCAUUUUCAUACGUCAUUGAAAGCCGUUUUUAAUUGAGCAGAGGAUAUUUCAAGGAGUUUACGGCAAGAACAUGUCUUUGAAAACGCCAGAAAAAGCGGCGGAUCGCAUGGAACAGCGCGCCAUCAUUAAAAUCUGCGUAGACUCGGGGAAUACACCUAUCGAAAUUAACGAAACAAAUGAUGGAGAACACAAAAAGGCAUCGACACAUAUCAAGAUCACUAGUCUACACGUGGCACAAACGAUUUUCGGAUGGAGUUUGCGAUUUAAAAGACGCUGAAAGAAGUGAAAGGCCUUUGCUUUGUGACGAUAUAACGAAAUCCCGCAUUCAUGACAUUGUCAUGAAGGACAGACGUCUGACGUUAAGAGAAGUCGCGUCAAUAAGUGAUGUUAUAUAGCAAAUCUUCGGUUUUUAAUAUCCUCACUGAAGACUUCUGUAUGAGUCGUGUUUGCGCAAGAUGGGUGCCCAGACUUUUAUCUGAUGAGCACAAAAAAGACGAAUGCAGACAAGUAAGGCUUUCAUACAGAAUUUCAAAAGAGGAGGAGAGAAGUGGCUUGACAGAAUCAUUACUACGGACGAGACUUGGCUGCAUCAUUUUGAUCCAGAAACAAAAACAGAAUCCAGCAUUUGGAAACACCGGGAUUCACAAGCACCGAAAAAGGCAAAGGUUGCGAAAUCCAUGGGUAAACAAAUGUACAUAUUCUUUGCUGAUCGGCACGGAAUGAUUUUGGUCCACGCUGUACCCUCCGGUCAGACGGUGAAUGCUGCAUACUACUCCAAGGUGUUACGCCGCGACCUAGUUAAGGCAAUUAAGAAAAAACGCCCUGCCAUGGCUGUGGACCUUGGAAAUAUCAUCCUACACCAAGAUAAUGCACCAGCACAUACAGCAACUUCCACGUGUCUGGAAAUCGAACUCCUAGGAUACGAUCUUCUUGAACACCCGCCAUACAGUCCGGAUCUUGCUCCGAUGGAUUUUGCAAUUUUUCCUUUCAUCAAAUCACAGCUAAGAGGAGUAAGAUUUGAGGAUUCUGAUGAACCUAAAUAUGCUACUCGGACCAUUGUAUCUAAAAUCGACAGUAAAUGGUAUUCGGAUGUGUUCGAUUCAUGGCUAAGAAGGUGUGAGAAGUGUUUGCAGUGCAAAGGUGACUACGUUGAAAAGUAACAGAAACCAACGCGCUACGUACAACGUUAUAAAAACGUCGUGUAACCGUCAGACUCGUAGUUCGUCUGCACUAGAUAAAAGCAGAGGUGUCGUGACAUAUUAACAAAAGAAACUUAUUUUUAACAAUGUGUAAUUGAUCGUCUAUUCCAGUGGAAUGGGACAAUGCAUUUCUGUGCAACUUAAAUAUGGCAGGCAGUCAGGCCUGAAAAGCUCUUAUUUAUCUAUCUACCCAGUGUUCCUUAAUGUUGAGAAUGUAAUUGUUGUAGUCCAAAUGUCUAACCGAAAUUACUGUAAUCAACCUCAGGGAAAGGCACAUUUUGAAGUCGAGUAGUUUAUAGCUGAACCCAAUAGAAUUUUAAACUUGAAAUUUUGAAAAUAGAUUAGCACUACAUGCAAGAAAAAAUACAACAUAUGCAUAUAUGCCAUUUUAAAGUUCUUUAAGAAUUUUUAUAAAAACAGUUGUUCGCAAAAUUGCACGAAACGGUAUCGCCCAUUUUUUUUAUGCAGCAUGCACCCAUAAUCAAACAGAGUUCUAGUGACCUGCUCUUCAUAAUGGAAAUUUAGCAAAUAAUCUCUUAUCUUCCGUAACUAAUAGUCUCUCAGAAAAUCUUCGUCUCUGCUUUUAUAUAUUAUGUACAUUUUAGCUUUUCGCAUACCGAUGGAUAACAAAUCCUGUUUCUUAAACUUAUUGAAAAAGAAGGCUUUUAAACUUCAAGGUUCUUCAUGACUCAAAUAAAUAGAAUAGCGAACCAUGUGCAGAAAGUAGUGGAGACGUACUCUUUAUAUCUACAUUGCAUAUAUAAUAUCUGUAUUUGCACCUGAAACAUUAACAUGGUGAUUUUGAAAACAUUUAAAUAAUUUCAGUUAGGAGCAUUGACGUGCUAGAUAAAACAUCCCACUGCAUUGCAUUGUCGAAGCAAAUUUAAUAUCAAGAUGUAUUCCAUAUUCACAUAAUAGCCGUUUCCUUAAUAUCAUAAAUACCAAAAGAGUUCUGAUGAAUAUGCGUUCAUGUUAUUUAAAAUGUCAAGACACUGUUUAAUUUAUAAGUCAUUUUGUGAAGCUGUGUCCGUAUUUUAACUGUUCGCGAUGACCGUAUAUACAACUAUAAAUUUUCGGGCCUUUCCGACAAGCGGAAAAAAUCGAGCUCUGUCGAAAAAGGCCAAUAAGUUGUGAUUGUAUCAAAUACAAUCACAACUUAUUGGCCUUUUUCGACUGGUGAAUAAGAACAUAAGAUUCUUAUGUUCUUAUUCACCAGUUCAAACGAACAUAAAUUAUUUAUAAAUUAAAAACUCAAACACAUAUGUAGGAACUGCUUCGCCUGCGUCUGUGCAACAUACUUAAUUAUAAUUUAAAAUUUUUACAGCAAGUAUAAUUAUUCAUUUAAUC